CAUAUUAUUUGCUUCAAUAUGCCAUUCUAUCUGCAUCUGUUUAAUAAUAAUUUAUAUUUUUUUCCUACAAAGUAAGGGGGGAAAUUAUUUGUAUAAGCAAUUAUCCUAUUUCCUUCUUUAUACAUAACUACAUAAUAUUUAGAGAGAGAGAUAAGUGCCACACAUAAUAUCUUAUAUCAAUCUAGCACUAGAGGAAAAUAUGAUUGUGGCAAAUAACUUCUCAUCAAAAUAUAUUGGACUUUUAUUAAUAGGAGAGACGCUUGAUAUUUUUCACCACUCAUCUUGUUCACCCAUCCACCAAGGCUUUGCCCAUGCCCCUGCGGAUCCAUCCUCCUUCAUCUACCUUUCAAGUUGGCAUCGGCUUUGACAGCCAAAAUCCAACGAUCUUCCCACCAGUUCCCUCCACCACGCGGCUCCUCUAUGUGCACGAUCUCCUCAAAUAUGCCCGCUCUGGCUCUCCCCUGAAUAGCAGGUGCACCCAUCUAUUACUGUCUCCCUUCCUCCCCAUUCAGAUACCCUUGUCUGAUUCCCAUCGCCCACACAACCCGACACCAUCGUGAUUGCACCGACCAUAUUCUGAUUGGUGAGGGCAUCAAGACCAAAGUAAUCACAAGUCCAACAUUUAUGCAAAAUGAUGCUCAUAAUAAAGGCCUUAUUACUCGAAGUCUGACAAAAGCAUCCAAACCUCAAUUACAAGCGUAUUUUGUGGAGUACUUUCCAUCUUUGGAAUCUGGUUCAUUCAUGGUCAAGAGGUCAAUAUAAUCCACGUCCAAGAGGAGAAAGAAGGGCAUUCUUGAUGCCCAAGUUGGUCAGACAUGGAAAGGAGAAGGAAAGAAGAGAAAGAAAGAAAUUAUUGAUGCCCAAGUUGUCAAAACAUGGAAAGGAAAAAGGAAAGGGGAGGAAAGGAGAGGAGAGGUGAGGUGUUUGAGCCUUUGAGGGAGGAUGAAAGGUAGUAGAUGAAGGUUGUAUACUAGAAAGCCAUCAUAAUCUCCCUAAACACAUCCUCAAAAGUGCACUCUAAUACAAAAGAGAAGCCUUUUGACGACUUAACUUGAACACUAUGACUGGUUGCCACUCACGUGAGACCUCUUUUUCAUUCAAAAGCACAUUUGGAACAUCAUUUUUUAUUCACAUCAUUUCAAGUCCACAACACGGAGAAAGUCAUCAACAAUGCAAAAAUCACAUGUCCCAACGCUACCAAUCGACACAUUAGCCAACACAAAACAAGAUGGAAGGGAGAUCAGCAUGGUUCUACACAAGCCUCCCUAAGUUUCAAGCUAACAUGGCAUCAAACGAUUCAAAGCAUAUUGAGCAAGCAUACCAAUGGACAAGGUAUUUGGAACCCUCAAAUUUUUGAAAUUUGGGCAUAAAAGACUAGGUUCUAAGGAACUUUACACUAGGGAAUUCAUUCACAAUCAAUCAUCAACGUUAACCAUUCAACCCCCUCCCCCCUCCCACAUUACAUUGUCCUCAAUGGAGGAAAGAUAAGAGGGUGGAACAAAGUUACCAGAUUGGUUGUGAAUGAUGGAAGGGACCAAAGACGAGACACGAGAGCAGGUGAGAUUCGAAAGAGUAUUCCAACAUCCAAAACACUACAAGCUCACGAAGGUUGAAUUAUUAUCGUGGUUGGGUUACCUCCCAACAAACACUUCUUUCACGUAAUGAGUCAGAUGGUUGUGGUCAAGCUUUGAUCCAUUCCAAAACCUCCUUGAAGUUGAGGUUCUCUUCGGUGAGAUAAUGUCUCAAGUCCCGAGCAUGAGAUGCUUCAAAUGUUGUGGUUGGAUAGUGGAAUUGAUGUGAAUGAAGGCUCCACUCACAAAACCUCUUCUUCUUGCCUUCUUCUUUGUUCUCUUUACCCCAAACCAUAUAAGACAACCUCGUUUUACUACCAUAAUUUCCACCAUGAGGUACCAAUUGUGGUGUGGCCUUGGUUUGGCAAAGAGAACCCACAAAAGGGUCCUUCUGAAGAAGUGCAUCGUGGUCGGGUGGAAAGCUUUGGUAGCACGUGUAACUUGUGGAAGCUUUAUCCACCAGACUUUGUCCAUCGAUCGGACACUAACUACUUCAUUAACCUUCCCUCAUUCUUCAAAAAUUGAUUCCUCCCCUUGUGGAAGAUCAAGAACUUUCGCUUCAUGGCUUCUUUUCUCCUCCACAACUUCUCCUCCCACCCUUUCUCGCUCUUUCUCAAGCACAUUAUGGAGUGCAAGUUGCCAAGCAAUGUCUUCAAUAGUAUCCACUUGCAUCUCCUUAUUGAUUCCUAGCUCUUCAAAGCUCGAAGUGGAAGAUGGAAGGGUGUGGUCUAAGCUUCGAGAUCAACCUCCUCGCCUCAUGACAGACACUCGAACUCCGCCUUGAAAGCUUUAUUAUACAUCCUCAUCAUGUUCUGAUAUAGAAACAGGACCAACCUAGAGACGAGAACAAAGAAAAUUACGACGCACUAUCACAGAUCUGUCACGGCACCGUCAUACUCCUUCCCGCGGAGCACCUCGUCGCCCGAUCUCCAAGAAAUUAUGCAUGCUCUGUAAUUGCCCCGUCGGGCUGAGGCCGUGGAAAAUCCCUAUCGAAAUUGGAUCCGCCAAUGCAAUGACGACGGUUGAGUGAAGGAGAAACUCGGAGAUAUCGGCGGUAGGGAAGCCGGUACGGGUGACAACAUCCCUGGCUGUCCGGAACAUCGUGUCGAGGUCGUCAUUGAAAGAAUUGGAGAAGGAGACCGCGACAAAGUUAGUGGUGGUGGCCGAGGAAGAGCCGGUGAGGCGUCGAAAAGGUGGAACCACUUCCGUAGUUAAGUCCUCCCUGUCAGCAAUUAGGUGAUUAUAUUUUAUUUUAUUUUUAACAAUUUUAAUAAUGAGGUGGAAAAGUAAAAUAUUAAUUUUUAUUAUUUUUUAAUUGGCAGGUUACUUAUUUAACAGUUAACUAUUAGAGUUGACUGCCAUAUCAGUAAAAUUUAAUGGAGAGUCGGAGACUAACGGAGGUCGGAGAGUGACCAACUUGAACUGUUGAAUCAAUUUAAAUAUCUAUGAAUGAAAUAAAUUAAUUUUAGUAGCAAAUGUGAACAUUUUAUGUAAUUUCAGUGACCAAACUUGCAAUUUACCCGAUUAUUAUGCUUCCCAUUUUUCCAACCCUCAUUUAUCCCAUUACCCAGCAUAGCACCAUAACUCGCGACUCGGAACUCAGACAAUCAAGCCCUAAUUGCUUCUCCCUCCCGACUCCACCGACGUUCUUCUCCGCUGUGCUCGCACAAUGGCAACCGAGGCCGAUAAACCCACAGCCGCCGCCACCAACGGUGGUUCUCAAGCCAAACCUGCCAAGGGACUGCCCUCCACGGACCCUAAUCUAGCCGAGGACUCCACCGUUGCACCGCCGUUGGACGAUGGUUCGGGUAAGGAAGCAGUAGAUGAUAAGGAAGGGCUAGAUUCGAAGAGCAACGCUGCUGAUGCGGGCUCCGGGAAUGCUGAUUCCAUCACCGACACGGAGAGGAAAAUCCGACGGGCUGAGCGGUUCGGGAUUUCUGUUCAGUUCUCCGAGAAAGAGAAACGUAACUCUCGCGCUGAAAGGUUUGGUACUCCCUCCACAACGCAAGGUUCAGAGGGGGCUAAAACUGUAGAGGGGGCGAAAACUGCAGAGGGAACGAAAACUGCAGAGGAGUUAAAAAGGAAGGCUAGGGCAGAGAGAUUUGGGCUACCUGUAACAGCUGAGCCAACUGAUGAUGCUGCAAAAAAGAAGGCACGGCUGGAAAGGUUUGGAUCGAUACCCAAACCAGAUGCAGCUGAAGAUGACAAGAGGAAAGCCAGAGCUCUCAGGUUUGCAGAACCUUCACCGACUUCACUGUCUUUGACUGAAGAGGGUGAUAUUCAGCCAGAUGCCGCAAUUGCUGGAAAGGCUGGUGGAGGGUCAUGAAUAUGAAGAGAGAUCCCCUAGGCAACUGUUAGGUAUUACUACUUCACAUAUCCUUAUUUUUUUCCCCAGUUGUAUAUGCAUUGCCAAGUUACUGAUAUAGCUCUCUGUUUGUAUUUGUUUCAGUUUUGAAUUUGCAGGUCUGGUGUUAUGACUGGUGGGUGUCUAGUGAUGGUCUCUGUCUUCUGUAAUGUGAACUCUUAGCUGUUAACUCUCAGCAGUACUUCGCUUGGCACUGUUGAUACUUCAUAGGACUUGGGGCUGUAUUUUAGUGAUAGAGUCGCCCGUUGCGUUUAUGUCUGUUUUCUUUUUACCUCUGAAUACCGAUGCUUGUUUUGGGGCUGAGAAGAUUACACCACCACCACCGCCGCUUUGGAGUGUUCACUGAUUGCAAAGCCCUCGAGAGUAUUAAGGAUUUAUGACUAAAUUUAGGUGUCUUCUGAAACUGGCUUAGUCUUGUAGUUCACUAGUAUGUCUAGGAGGUCAAUGGGUCUGUCCUACAUCUUAAUUCCCACAUUGAAACAGCAGCUUGUUUAACAUAGUCUCAUGCAGGAACUCUAUUAUCUGUCCAGGUUUGGUGGUGACCGUGCAUGCUGUGUAAGCCCCCCUUGAAUUUGUGAACUGCAUGCUUUUUUCUGCGUAGUUGUUAUGUCAAUGCCGGGCUCUAUUCUCUGUUUUCUCUUCCGUCUGUUGAAACUUAAAACUCUUGUUUCAACUUGGGAGUCCUUGAAUUGUUUCAGACCAGGUAGCCUUUCAGCUGAACGUGGCCGAUACAAUGCAGCUUGUUCUUUUGUGGAAGAUGGGAUUACUUCUGAGUUCUUCGCUAUAACCGUAAACUAGGGAGUCUUUUUUUUUUAUAAUGGAAUUUCGUGCUAACAUUUCUGUUCUUUUUAUGGGUGUUAUUUGAUGAAUCUUAUCUAAGGAGCUCUAUUGUCUAUUUGUCUUGUUUGUUUUUGUGUCCGUUUCAAAUUUUUCAGUCGAACUCUCUUGUGCUCUUGGGGUCCUUGGAAAUAAGUGAACACUCUUAAAAGGUCUGGUUGGUUCAUGGUUGUCUUGGCCUCUUGUUGAAUGGCUUUAGCUGGAAGGUGGUAUUCGGUUCUUAAUUGUGGGUUCUGUAAAACAGAGAUUGUAACUGUUGGUUUUAUUUUUGAUGAAAAUGGAAGGCCAAUGACUGGCUUGACCAAUGUGUGUCAAAUUUUCGUUUGUGUUUGAUUUUAGGACUUGGGAUUCAAAGAAAAAAAUAGGACAAAUAACUGUGUUUGGUAACCUUUGGUAUGAUUUUAGAAAUAAAGUACACGAGCCUCAUCGGCCUUGACAACCGUACUGCCAUUGACGUCGUCUCUUGGGCAGCUGGGUGCGAGCAAAUUUCUUUAUACGCAGAGAUAGUGACGACUAGGUUUACUUUCGCACUCCUCACAGUCGAACUAAAUUCUAUGACUAUGA